GCACUGUCAUUCGCGGCCUUUGCUGUCAAGCACCGGGUCCCGGCUAGUGAUUCCUGCUGGCAACCAGUGAUCACUGAGUAUCACCAACUGGGGAGAGACCUGUGUACAAACAACACAGAUCUCUCCCCUGUCAGCUGCUGCACACUGCUUUGUAUGGCUCUGCAUAACAGAGCCAGUGUAAAGCACACACACAGCACACAGUGAAACAGCACACAGCACACAGUUAACCCUUUGAUCACCCCAGAUGUUAACCCCUUCCUGCCCAGUGCCAUUAGUACAGUGCCAGUGCUUUUUAUUAGCACUGAUCACUGUAUUGGUGUCACUGUGGAUGUCAAUGACACCAAGUCAGUUCCCCCCAGUGUCAGAAUGUCCACCGCAGUCCCGAAAU